AUGGUUUUAUCUAAAGGUAAAUUCAAAUGGAGUAAUAAUGAUAAAUCAACUGAACCGGCAAUACUUCAUCAAAGACAGUCAAAGUUAGAUUUGCUCGACACCACAACCUUCACAUCAUUUCCCGCACCAGAACUGAUUAAAGAAAUAAAUAAACCUAGUGAAGACAUGCUUAGGAUCAGAUCCAAUGUGAGGCAGCGAUCUGUAGAAAGGAUAAAUAGUCGAUCCACACGUUCAAAAUCCCGGUCAACCUUAGGUGAUAGUAAGACAAUCAUAGAAGCGAAAGAUAUACCCAAUCAAAAUCCUAAAUCUGAAACGAACUUUAAUUUUAUGACAUCAUUGGGUUCUGCGGAAUACACAGCUAACCACAUUUCUAAAAAUGAGACACCUCCCUCGUCAUGUGAUCAUGAAAGCCCAUUCUAUGACUACAGACUUCUAUUGGAAGAAAAAGAUGCUUCAAUCUGGAAAAUAGAAACAGUGAAAGAAGACUCGAGUACGGCUGAUACAAAAGUAAAACCACAACAAAAUGAAGGUGGUAGUCAGUUGAAGCCAAUCAUAAGUUCUGACAUGUACAUUCAAUCAAUUUAUGAUGAGCUAUACAAAAGUGAGGAAGUUAGUAUUGAAAUAAAGUGCUCGUCUUGUUUUAAGCCUGUGUUUGAAAAUCAUGAGUAUAUUAAUAAGAUACUAGAUCUGAAGGCCAUAAUAUGCGAGGAUUGCAUGAAUAUACGAUAUCAACCAAACGAAAGUUUCAAUAAAAGCGUAUCUCAAUUUUCAACUUUCGAGAUAGAAGAUUUCACUGAACUGAAUAGUACCAACAACACAGUUCAAAUUUACCUUGAGAGUACAGCAAAUGAAAAUGAAGAUGAGAUAACUGAUAAUGGAAGGCCACAGGAAAUACGAUUUUUCAGUAAUAACGACAGUAAUAUUACGGAAUUUGUGAACCAAGGACUAAAUAGUGUCAUAAAAAGAUUAAAAGAAAUAGAACGAAAAGAUUUGAAAAUUCGGCAUUCUAUUGCUGACUUUAGGCAGGUCCAACAGAUGCAGAGACACAGAAAUGGAUCUCUAUCACUAUGGGGUACAAUUAAACACAUGUUUUUGAAAUCAAACUAUGUUUGA